AUGGAACUUUUCCUGUUUCAUUUCCAGCAAACUGGGAAUCCUCUCGAGCAGGUGUUUCUAGGAACCAAAGCUUUUGGAACCAUUGAACCGGCUAAUCUGGAAGCGAUGCUGGCCACCAACUUCAAAGCCCUAGAUUACAGUAUGGGACCAAGGCGGGACAUUACGCUCCCCAUGUUUGGAGAUGGCAUCUUUACCCAGGAGGGUGCGGCCUGGAAACAUUCGCGGGAUCUGCUCAGGCCACAGUUCGUCCACAAGCAGUACGAGGAUCUGACGGUGUUUCGCGAGGCGGUGGAUGACCUCCUAGAUGCUAUCCCUCACUCGGAAGGUGUCGUUGAUCUCCAGCCCUUAUUCUUUCGGUUGACCCUCGACACCACUACCGCAUUUCUCUUCGGUGAAUCUGUGCGAAGCCUGAGAGCACCCGAUAAGGUUGGCGAGCAGACAUUUGCCGAUGCCUUCAAUAUCGCGCAAGAAUAUGUGGCGAAACGAUUUCGACUCCUGGAUCUCUACUGGCUAAUUGGAGGGAGGAAGUUCCAGGAAGCAUGCGAUAAUGUACACAAAUUUGCAGACCAAAUCAUCGAGCGGAAGCUCCAGACGAAGGAAAACGGCGCGGGUCAUGAAGGAGGAUACACGUUCUUGGGCGCCGUUUCCAAGGAGAUCCCGGAUCGACAUGCUCUUCGAAGCCAGAUCAUAAACAUCCUGGUUGCUGGUCGAGAUACUACGGCUUGCCUCCUCUCCUGGACAUUCUUCACUUUGGUCCGGUAUCCUAGAGUCCUUGCCAAAUUGCGCGAAGAGAUCGCCUUGGCUUGUGAAGGGAAGUCGCAGCUCAAUAGGAACGAUCUGCGAAACAUGGCCUAUCUUCAAAAUGUGAUCCGAGAGACUCUGCGGCUUUACCCAUCGGUCCCAUUCAAUACCCGCACAGCGACAAAGACGACCAUCUUACCCACUGGUGGUGGGCCGGACCGCACAUCUCCCGUUCUCAUUCCCAAUGGCUCGGCUGUGGCGUACAGUGUCUAUUCAAUGCACCGUCGUCCGGAUCUCUAA